AUGUUUUCUUCAGCGCGAACGAUCUGCCUUGGUCUCUGCGUCGCCACUACCACACUUGCCUUUCCAACAUGGCCUGACAAAACUGAUGAACUGGAACAGACAAUGUUUGUUGCCAGCGGGUAUGGGAGAAGGGGCUUCCUGGACGACAUACCCACUUGUGGUUUCAGUCACGAGGGACCCGAGGGAUUGGGGCGAAUCAACUCCGCAGAAUGGAUCAGAAACGGCUUUCACGACAUGUCGACGGCGGACGUGAUCGCUGGGACCGGGGGCCUCGAUGGAUCAAUUAUGUUCGAGACCGAGAGACUCGAGAAUGACGGCCCUGCUUUCAACCACACAUUGGGUUUCUUGGGUGCAUUCUACGGGUCAGAAACCUCCAUAUCAGAUCUCAUUGCUCUUGCGGUUUGGGCUGCCGUGAGACAAUGUGGCGGCCCUCUUCUUACUAUGAGAGCCGGACGAGUCGACGCCACAGAAGCUGGACCGUACGGUGUUCCGGAACCGCAAGAAAACAUCACUUCUCUCACGGACAAGUUCGCGCGACAGGGAUUCAACAGCGAAGAAAUGAUUGCAUUAAUUGCUUGCGGACACACACUUGGAGGAGUUCAUGGGGCCCAGUUCCCAACCAUAGUUCCCGAUGCUGGGACCGCAGGGAACAACUUCUCUACCUUCGAUUCUACGACGAGGUUCGACAACAUGAUCGCGACUGAAUACAUUGCCGGAACCACAACCAAUCCACUCGUUGUCGGUGCCGACCCUGCACUGAACUCCGACGCGAGGGUGUUUUCAUUAGACGGAAAUGCUACGAUGCAGUCGCUGACCGACCCUGCCGUAUUUGCAGACACAUGUGCCCGACUUCUGACGAGAAUGAUUGACACCGUACCGGCUGGGGUGGUCUUGUCGGAGCCUCUAGAGGCAUACGAUGUCAAGCCAGGCUUGCUAAACCUCGAGCUAUCCGAGGAUGGAAGAAACGUCACCUUUACUGGGAACAUCCGAGUGAAAACGACUUCCCGUCCCAGGACGGACAUCACGUCUGUCUCACUUCUCUACACUGCGUUGGAUGGAACUACGGGGACCAUCCUCACCCGACAAGCAACCUUUCAAGGCGGGUCGGCCACUGGCCUUACCGAUGAUUUCCAGCACUACGAGAUUUUCGCUGAUCUCCCCGCCUCAUCAUCCAUCUCCUCCUUCACGGUUUCCAUAGCCUUGACCAACGGCACCGUCGAGACCUACGACAACAACGGCGUCGGAUACCCCGUGUCCUCCACUAUCAUGCUCUCAAACAGCCGCAGCUGUCUCCGAACAGAUCUCCCGUACAAAGCAACGAUCGUAGCUGCUGUGCGCGGCACAUUCGCCCCCGAGGACGUGAAAAUCGUCUACACCGUGCCAGUGCCCCGACAAGGCAGCAUCAUCCCCUCUCUCGUAACUAAAAAUGCGACCAUGGCCCUCAACAGUACCCUGGGGGACUUCGGCAUCUACUCGGUUGACGUGCCGCUCCUCGUGGACCAGCUGAACGAAAUAACCUUCGAUCUCUACGCCGGCGAGAACAAGGAUUAUUAUCGGAACGCGGCCAAUUUCCAGUCGUGCUCUUAG